GGAGACACUUAAACCUUGCCCCCCAUGCCAUCUUCAAACACACAAAAGAAAACCCAACGCCCUUUUUUUUGUCCUUUUCCCCCAGACUGUUAUCUGCCAAGGCAGUCAUCCGCCAAGGAAGGGAAGGCGAGGGUUCGGCCAUCCAUCUGAACAAUCUGACAUCCAGCCACAUCGUUGUCGCCUCGGCGUGCCUCAAAAUCAGCCGGCACAUACGAGCAUUUCUUACGCUAAGGGGGGGAUCCCAGCAACCCAGCUUUGCUGACGGCCACGGAGAGCACCCCCCAAGUAUAACGUCAUACAACUAGAAGAGAACUUUAUUUCCACUGCGAACCGCAGACUUUCUGGAUUGGACGUUUCAAUGCUAGUCUGGUCGGAUUCUUUUCAAAUUGUGGUUGCUUCAAGUUGGUUGUUUACUGGUGUCAAAGUUGGCGGCGGAUGUGCUCGACAUAUCGAACACGGCAGCCAACCGACAGCAACGGGUCGGUGCCGUCCCCACAAUUCCCUCCUUCCAAGUAUUGCGCAAGAUCGACAUAUUUCCCUCAAAGAAAGAGGAAUGGAACUGAACGCCCGAGAAAGUCGGGGAGACGGAGAGAGGCGCCAGGAUGGGUGCGGGGGGUUUGCCGAACUAUUCAUGGCGGAUGGAGCCAUUUCCCUCCCCGCAUAUAUGGCGGCAGGAUACUGGUGCAUAGUCUCAUAGUUGCAUUCCUUUGAUA